AUGUGGACAUCCUCGGACGAAACGGAGCGGGUGCUCACCACCGCACCACUCCAGUCGAUGAUCCAACGGCUCGCGCCGCGCUUCAUGGGCUCCCAGCAGCAGGACGCGCAGGAAUUCCUCAGAUAUCUGCUGGAGGGACUUCACGAGGACGUGAACCGGGUGACGAGCCGGCCAAAGCCGAUCACGACCGACAUUUACGACUCAAUGAGCGCCAGUCAAAAGUCAAUGGAGGCCUGGAAACGUUUCUUGCGCCUGGAAAACUCCAAGUUUGUUGACCUGUUCGUGGGCCAGCUCAAGGCUACCCUGCGGUGCACGGUAUGUGGCCACGAAUCGGUUACCUUCGACCCGUUCUGGGAUCUGAGUCUGCCAAUCCCAUCACGAAGUGGCCAGGUGCGCCUACAGGCCUGUUUUGACCUGUUCACCAAAGAGGAGGUGCUCGAUGGCGACGAAAAACCGACCUGCUCAAAGUGCGAGAAGCGCCAAAAGUGCACCAGGAGCCUCUCGAUCCAGAAGUUCCCGCGCAUCCUCCUGGUGCACCUGAAGCGGUUCUCGCCUCAGGAGAGGUUCCGCGGAAAGCUGAACACUACUGUCGACUUUUCGAUGAACGGUCUGGACCUGUCGCCCUACUCGGCCGGACAGACGCCCUACCGGUACAGCCUAUACGGCGUGGCGAACCACUCUGGCACGCUGCUCUCAGGACAUUACACCGCUUACUGCCGACACCCGUACACGGCAGAGUGGUACGAGUACAACGACUCGCGGGUCCACGUGAUGGAUCAGAGAAACGUCAACAGCGGAAAGGCAUACGUGCUGUUCUUUGAGCUGGCCGGCUCGAAACACCGCUCCGGCUCGACCCACGUCUAG